GGCCCCCGCCGGCACUUGCCGCGCAGCCAUCGCCCGAAAAUGGCCCGCUCCAGACGGAAAGGCUGGCUCAACUCCGCCAAAUUCACGCUCACCGCCCCGAACUUAUCCGGCCGCGCCUGCAGCCCCGCCAGAGCCGCCCAGCCCCGCGCACGGCGCAGCGCCCACCACGGCCUCACCAUGGCGCUGCGUGAGACUGAGCCGGGCGAGACGAGGCCACCCCAUGGGCGGUGCCGGCCUCUGCUCCCGGAAGCGCUCUGCGACAGCCGGCGGGGCAGCAUGUCCGCGUCUUCCAGAAGGAAGAGCAAGGGGAGGCCGGUCCCAGACAGCGGUGGCAGCGAUGGCUCUCCGCGCUCCGUUCCCCUUGACGCUGCCGAGGGCGGGCCGCUGGUGCUGGGCGUCUCUGACGCCGUGGAGGCAGGAGAUGAUAAAGUUCCAAAUAUGUUGCGAAGAGCCCUUGCCCAGCUGUCACUGAGCAGCAUGAAGUCUGCAAACAUAUGCAUAGGUCGUCCGGUCUUGAUUACGUCUGCUAAUGGACUACAGGAGGUCUGUACUGCUUGGCCCACCACAGGCUUUCCAGGUGGGAAAGUUGGGCUGAGUGAAACCACACAGAAGAACUUGAAAGCAAAUCUGGGUGAUGCUGUCACUGUGCAGCCUGUAAUUGGUGCAGUCAUCCAGGCAGAGGAAAUCAAUGUAAAGUUGAGGGACAAAGAUGCCACCAUUAAUGCCGAGGAAAUGUCUGUCUGUCUACUGAGAAACCUAGAUGGGAAAAUUGUUUUACCAGGAAACCUCUUGGCUUUCACCUUCUAUGGCAGACUUUGUAACAUCGUGGUGAUGAAAGUGAAAGGAACUGAUGGUGCAGAGCUGACUGCCCAGGGCAGUGCCGUUUCUGGUGAUGUGCAUGAGCCAGACCUUGAAGGAUCAAAUUUGGACACAAGUAUGUUAGAUUUGUCCUUCCAGCUCGGCAAGAUGGACAUUGACAAUAGUCCAGAGGUUGCAUCUAUGAGCACACCAAGCAAACUGACAGAUCCAAGUUCAUCACUUACACCCAAUUCUGCUGGGACAGCCAGUGAUCAAGGUGCUGGUCAGGGAGAGAAAACCUGCAGCAAGGGAGAUGGCGCAGACCUCAGUAGUAAUUUGGAGUUGCCUGGGAAAGGAGGCAGUGAGAGACUCCCACUGAGUGGCAAAACUGGAACAAUAAGCAGUACAGACACUUUUUAUUUCAUUUCUUCAAGAACUAGAAUCAAUUUUAUUGAAACAAGGUCCAGUGCAACAGAUGAUGGUGACUGUGAAUCCCAAGUCACCUAUGAUACGAUAGGAGGUCUAAGCAGCCAGCUCAGAACUAUUAGAGAAACAGUUGAACUGCCCUUGAAGCAACCUGAACUGUUCAAGAGUUAUGGGAUCCGUCCUCCUAGAGGAGUACUCCUGUAUGGUCCUCCAGGUACUGGGAAGACUAUGAUUGCCAAAGCAAUUGCAAAUGAGGUUGGCGCUCAUGUUACUGUUAUUAAUGGUCCUGAAAUAAUCAGCAAGUUUUAUGGGGAGUCUGAAUCAAGAUUACGUCAGGUAUUUGCUGAAGCUUCCUUGUGUCAGCCCUCCAUUAUAUUUAUAGAUGAGUUGGAUGCACUCUGUCCCAAGAGAGAAGGGGCUCAGAAUGAAGUUGAAAAGAGAGUUGUUGCUUCACUGCUGACGUUAAUGGAUGGCAUUGGCUCUGAGGGCAGUGAAGGACAGCUCUUGGUACUUGGGGCCACUAACCGUCCUCAUGCACUGGAUGCAGCACUGCGCAGACCUGGGCGUUUUGAUAAAGAGAUUGAAAUUGGAGUCCCUAAUGCCCAAGACCGCCUGGACAUACUCCAAAAGCUUCUCAAGAAAGUCCCCCAUUCACUCACAGCAGCAGAGUUGGCACAACUAGCUGAUAGCGCACAUGGUUAUGUGGGAGCAGACUUAGCAGCUUUGUGCAAGGAAGCAGGUUUGUACGCAUUGCGGAGAGCACUGGGGAAAAGACCUAAUGUAUUAGACAACGAGGUGGCUGGGUCAGUGAUGAUUGCUUUCAGUGACUUCCUACAGGGGAUGAAUGAUGUCAGGCCCAGCGCCAUGAGGGAGGUGGCAGUUGAUGUGCCAAAAGUAUCUUGGUCAGACAUAGGAGGACUGGAAGACGUCAAGCUGAAACUGAAGCAGGCAGUUGAAUGGCCUCUCAAACAUCCCGACUCCUUCAUCCGAAUGGGGAUUCAGCCUCCGAAAGGUGUGCUGCUUUAUGGACCUCCUGGAUGCUCAAAAACAAUGAUAGCAAAAGCUUUGGCUCAUGAAAGUGGUCUCAACUUCUUGGCAGUGAAGGGACCUGAGCUGAUGAAUAAAUAUGUUGGUGAAUCUGAACGAGCAGUGAGAGAGAUAUUUAGGAAAGCCAGAGCGGUGUCUCCUUCAGUUCUUUUCUUUGAUGAAAUAGAUGCCUUGGCAUUUGAAAGGGGCAAUUCUUCAGGUGCUGGAAAUGUAGCAGACCGUGUCUUGGCUCAGUUGCUGACGGAAAUGGAUGGGAUAGAACAGCUGAAGGAUGUGACAAUUUUGGCAGCUACAAACAGACCGGACAUGAUAGACAAGACACUUGACAAGAGUGAUGAAGCUUGGGAUUCAGUGAUUAGUGCUAGUUUGGAUCUGCAGAUACCCUUUAUACAGGCCUUGCUGAGACCAGGACGAAUAGAUAGAAUUAUCUAUGUGCCAUUGCCAGAUGCAGCCACUCGUAAGGAGAUCUUCAAACUUCAUUUUCAGUCCAUGCCAGUCAGCGAUGAAGUCUGCUUAGCAGAGCUUGUUCAGCACACACAGAAGUACUCAGGAGCAGAGAUAACAGCAGUCUGCAGAGAAGCAGCCCUUCUAGCUCUUCAGGAAGACAUACAUGCCAAAUCUAUCACAGAACAGCACUUCCGGUACGCACUGACUAUUGUGACCCCGAGAAUUCCUGAUUCAUUAAUCCAGUUUUAUGCAGAUUAUCAGCAGCAAAGUGGACUGCACGCGCUUUGAAAGGCAAAUUAAUACGUACACCUAUUCACAGUGUGAAUAGCGCAUUUCCUUUGUAAAGCUGUCAAAAGCCAAAGAAUUUUGUAUUGUGAGUAGAGUGUCUGAAAUUAAGUCAAGUGCAGAACUGUCAUAAUAAAUGCCUAUGUGGAAGUUUGGAGCAUAACUGGUAUCAUGGAAAACUUCGUAUUUUUACAGUUUCAGUGGUAUAAUCUGCAUUUUGGAGGUGAUAAGACUGUUAGUUUAAGUCAGUUUAUUGGAGUGUGUAUCUGUAAAUCAAAAAGUAAUUUUCAGAUUCUGAAUUUU